AUGUUAGUGCAGAAGCAAAUAUUCUCUAUGUGGGAGUUGACUUUGCAUCACAUAGCGGUUCUUGGUGCCUUUACUUAUAAUGUUAUAAAUGUUCGGUAUAUAGCAUAUAAUGUUAUUGCAUUACUUGCUGAAGUGAACAGUAUCUUUUUGCAUACUCGUAAACUUAUGCAAAUGUAUAAAAUUCAUCCAAUGAAUAUUAUUCGUCGUUUAAAUUCUUUAAUAAAUCUUAUCACAUUUAUAUGUUGUCGAGGUUUUGCAUUAUUUUGUAUAUCAUAUGGUAUAUAUAUGAAUCCUGAUAAAAUAUCAUCAUUUUAUUCAUUUUUAUUAAUGUCUAGUAUGUUCAUUAUGAAUAUAUUAAAUCCAAUUUUAUUUUAUAUUCUUUUACGUAAUGAUUUUUUAUUAACACAUAAAGAAAUUAAUGAUUAUUAUAGUAUAAAUGAUAGAAAAAAAUUAAUUGAUACUACUUAUACUUUAGAUAAUAAAAAAUCUAAUUAUAAAUUAACAUAUGAAUGGAAUAGUUUUACUGUUAACAGAUUUCAUCAAUCGAAUUCAUCGAAACUUUAA